AUGGUUUCUGGAAAAAUUAUUCUCUACGUCCUAUUUACUAUCUUUAUAAUACAAGCUGAAAUAUCCCUUGGAUCUCCUAUUCGUCAUGAUAAUUUACAAGUAUUAUUUACACAAGCAUUAAAAGUUGCUGAUUGUUCACGUGUUGUACCAGUUUCUGAAUUCAUACCAUUACGUCAUCGUCGUAGUACAACGAAAAAAGUAUUCCAAUGUUUUAUCACUCUCGAUUAA